AUGGAGGUGGAGGAGGAGGAAAGACGCUCUCCAAACUAUCAUGGGGGAGCGUGUGUCUCCGAGAGCCUCUUUGAUCGCUUAACUCUUGCGUUACGCGGCGACCUCGAGCAUGAGCGGGACAGGCGUCUUCAACUGGCGGACACUGUCUUGAAGCAUCGAGCUGAGUUUGCCUUUGCUCAGCUUGAGAACGAGAGAGCUCUGACGUCUCUGCGUGACGAGCUAAGGGUAGCUCGUGUGGAUGUUGACCGGUCUCGGGCUGAGAUAGCUGCUCUUCAGACCCUUUUUGAUAUCCACCAUCGGGAGCACAAGGCUAUCUGUGAGAUGCUUGAGCGCAAGGGCGUUCUUCAUCGGAAGAAACAGCGUACUGAUGGUACGGCUUAA